CAUGUCACAAGACGAAUGCCAGUAUUUUAGCUAUUGUAAAGGUACAUGUCAUAUACAUGGAUUGUGGUACGACAAAGAAAUCGAAGAUUAUGAUUGCAACUGUUCAUUGUAUAUUUCGUUCCCAGAAAACGGUACAAGCUGGCAGAGAAUGUUUAAAAUGACCGAAAACUCAUUUACAAGAAGUCUUAUUUAUUUAUACUGUGACAAAUUUCCUAUGGAAAAGAAGGAAUUUCGGUUGACAAUAGGAAUUGAUCAUAUUAUAACUUUCAAUGGAACAGGGAUGAAUUCUACAUCGUGGCUGCAUAAUGAGAAAAUCCUUUUUAAUUCAUAUCCGGAUUGGAAAAUUCUGAAAUUUACUUUCAAUAAGAAUUUCAGUUACCCGUACUUUAGCGCCGAGUUUGAUAACAAUUGGACGUUAGAAGCCUAUAGAGAAAGUGGAAACGUCGAAAAGUACGAUAUUCCUAUGAAAGAUCCAUCCGGUAAUGUGCAAUGGCGUUACCCACAACUGGUCUUCUCAGUACUUUUAAAAUAGAAUACAUAUACAAUUCCAGAAAUUACAUAAUUUUACAUACAUAAAUACAUACAUACAUACUGUUAACUCUCUGGCACGUUCAACAAAAUUCUAAAGAGGGCGCUUCAGUCUAUUUCACAUUAUGAAAAAGAUAUCUUGCUAAAUUUUUUACUUCAGAGAUUAUCCUUCCUCAGUAUAUAUUGUUCUUUAACUCAGAAAUGCAAGAUAUUUCACCCCACCGCCACCCAAAGUCCAUACACACACACACACACAUUCACAUAUUUUUCGGUCAUGUAUUUAAUAUGCUUUCUGUGGUGCACGAAUGGGAAACACUCCGCGACGCACGAAUGUAAUAUAUUCGAAUGAAAUAUUUCCGAAUUGAAUAUCUCAAAGAGUAACUAUUCUUUCUGGU